AUGACAGUGCGGAAUAAUUUUGACAACUUCUACACUUCCGCUUCAUUCACAACAAUUGGAGUACAAAAUGAGAGCAAAGCAUUUGAACGAUCUCAUCAGACAAAUUCAACUAAUGACUUAUUCAGCCCGUCUCUCAGCAAGAAGAAACAAAUUUCUAAUUAUCGCCGUUCGCCUGCUCAAAAAAUUGAUCUUAAUUUGGAUUACGUGGAAGAAAAUACCUAUCUGGAAUCAGAUCCAACAGUUGAAAUAGCAUUCGACGAUGAUGAAAAUGUCGUGGGUAUUCCCAAAAGUUGGUGA